ACCCGGCUGUCGCUUGUAUCAUGCGAUUAAGGGCGGGCCCGGCAUGCCGAGUGUGCCUGACCUGCCCUUCCAGCGGCAAAGAGGGGAACGAGCGGGUGCAUGGACCGGCUCAGCUUGCCCGGGUACGGGGUCCGUGAGGUCUUGCCCCGCGGCGCCUUCCUGGCGGCGAGCCGGGACCCGCAGCUCCUGAACCGGGAGCGCCCGGAAAGGCUGACCUCGGCGCGGAUUCCCGGCGACCGCGAGCCAAAGUGGCAGGUCAUCGACUACUUGGGUCAGCGUCGAUGGACCCUGGCAAUCGCUUUGUUGGGUACAGUUUUCAAGCGAGGCCUGGAGUACGCCGAAAGCUGCGAAAGCUCGCGCUGGGAGUUGGGCGCCUCACUUGCGCGCAACUUCGCCUCAGGCUUGAGCUGGGAACCCGCAGUGCGGCUGGCGGCUGGAAGAUGUUGGAGGCUUGGGAGGCAUGUGGAGAUUUGGCGUGCAGCCGCAGGCACCUGCGCCCUUGCCCGGGAAUGGAGUCAGGCCUUGUCCGGGCUGAGCUCGCUGAGAUGCCGAGGAGGUGAAAUCUGUGGGGCUGCCAUUGGUGGCGCGUUUGCGUCGCUGCACCAGGGCGGCAGCCCCUGGCGAAGCUCCUUGAGCUUUCUGCGGGUGGUCAGGAGAGCACGCCUUGCGCUGGGCGCAAAAGAGUUCAGCAAAGUUCUGAGAUCUUGCGCUCGGCACGACUGGAAAAGCAGCCUCUACUUCCUGCAUCUCGCUCGCACAGAGGCUUCAGAGAUCAAAGACUCGGUCACCGCGGCGGCCAUCUCUGCCUUCUGCAGGGAUUUCAGGCCGUGGCAGUGGGCCUGUAGCUUGCUGAAGGACCUGCAGCACUGGCAAGUGCCGCUCGAGCAAAAAACUCGCAACAGCGUGCUGGGGGUUUUUGCCCGCCGGCCUCUCCUCUGGAGGGAGGUGCUCAGGCUGGAGCUCGAAAUGGAGAGUUCCGAGCUCGUCCCGGAUGAAGUUGCCCGCACUGCUUUUCGGGUGGCCCGCGCACGAAGGCGCAGAGCUGAAAGAGCGUCGGAGAGGCGCAACGGUGCCUGGCCGGAGGCGCUUCAUUUACUUCAGGACCUUGGCUGCAAUGCCCAGCAACCGGACCUGGGGCAAAUGCACGCCGCUGCCAACGCCUGCCAACGGAAGUCUCGCUGGGAAAUGGCUCUCCAGCUGUCCCCGCAGCUCUCGCGAAUUGUGAAGGGGCUCCUGUGAGCGACGCGAGAGGCG